CUUCCAGCAUUGAGACGGAAGAUGAUGCGAGCGUCCACAAAAGGCAGUGUAGACGCCCAAGUAGGUUCAUGGCGGAUUCUUCAAGUGAUGGUAAGACCUUAAGUACAGACUACAUUAUUUACACAAUUCAAAUAUUUUUUUGAAAUCACUACAAAUUGUAUGGUCUUUUAUUUCAGAUGAAUCCGUUCCACAACCAAAUAAACAAUCCAGGACGGAGCCUGUGUCUAGAAGCCCUGUCCCUGUCUCUUCCUGCCUUCUACAGGUCAGCAGAUGUCACUGCCUCCACCACCUGCAUACCUCAUCACACAGAGGGACUUGAGUCAUCACACAGAGGGAGACCAUGGAGCCAUGGAGACGGAAAUGAGAGGGCAUCCAUUGCCCGCCUGACACAGCGGAUGGAUGCAUUUGAGGAGAAGAAGGAUGAGCUGCUCAUGCUGUUAAGGAGCUCCCAGUCCCCUCACUCUGCUCCAGGCGAGGACAUGUUGGUGUCGCCCUGCUCGACCGUCACCGAGCUGGAGGAGUUUGACCGAAGUCUCGGUCAACCGGAGAGGAGGAUAAAAAUGCAACUUUUCCUGACAACACUUGGAGGUCUGACCACAGGUACUGCAGUCCGACGCAUGCUACGGCGAGUGGCAACCAAUGACGUGCUGAAAGAGUAUAGCCUGCGGGGAAGAAAGGCAAAGAAGGCCUUCCAGGACCUGACUAUAUUCAGGGUUAUAACAGGCAGGUGUUAUUUUAUUGUUCACAUCAGUAUUAUGCUUAGCUUGGCUGAUAAGAGGUUUUAAUUUGACUUGUAACUUUGCUUCAUUUUGACUUCUACUAUAGCGGCCUCCCAGAAGAACUCCCCCACGCUGACUGCAGCAGACGUGGAGGACUUGAUCAGGCACGUGCUGAAGUUUGCCCCACACAGACGGCCAGCUGAGAAGGACUAUAAGCCAAACCAUGGAGCUCUAUUUUUUAUUUAUUUGUUUUGUAUUUUUUUCAUCCAUCUUACAGCUUGUAUUUUUUUAU